AUGAUUAACAUUGGCAAGUUUUCACAGUCACAAGGUCCUGAAUUUGUAAAUGACGUAUUUAACCUAUUUUCAUCGAACUCUUCAGAUUGGGCUAUUGUAUGUGCUAUAUGGUUUAUUGAGAGUCACAAAAAGUCCCAAUACAACCUUUCCCAAUGUAAUUAUGACAAUAUUUUAAUUAAACUCCUAAAAAAUCUUAUUGUUAAUGCAUAUCCAAAUAUAUGCUUAUAUAAAGUCUGCUAUUAUAAUAGUUUGAUUUUUGAUAUUUCACAGUGCAUUGCAAAGUACUUUCCAAUACUAAUAUUUGAUUGGAUCAUAGUUGAAAUGAAAACUAUAAAGAAUUUAAGCAAAUUUACUAAGGCUGAAAAUAUUACUUUAGAUAUUGCUUUAUGUUUGAUGAAUUAUUCUAAUUUUGAAAAAAAAACUUAUGACGAAUUAGAAGCAUAUAUAACUGACUUACUACCCUUAGUAAUACUAUCAGAUAGUGAUACCUACAAAUAUAUUACCAUAAAGAGAAUUUUUAAAAUUUUAAAGGAUGAUUGUAUACGAAACAGUGUUAUACCAACUAUAACUAGAUUAAUAAAGCGUCCUCAAUGCUCAAUUGAACUUAUACAACUUUUGGAAUAUUGUAUAAUCGAAACUAAGUUAUUUUUUAAUUGGAAAACAUAUUCUAGUGAGAUAAUUAGAGUAUUAGUUGACUUAAUUUACCUCAAAUGUAAUAGUAUUAUUACAGAUUCUCCACAAAUAAUAGACAAUCAAUUUAUCAAUGCAUGUCUGAAUAUUGUAUAUCUAUUUUCAAGAUACUUCCUAAAUAUUACCUUAAUAAACUAUAUAUAUGAUCUUAUUCACACUAUUACCUGUUCAAUGUCUAGUGCUCAAGAGAAAUUGGCGAAAUUGUUUACUAUUGCUACUAUUUUUCAAGGUAUCUUAAGAGCAAAAUAUCAAAGUGAUAUUAUGGAAGCUUUAUUUAUGCGAGAAGAUAUACAGAAUGGUAUAAUUUCUCUUAUAAAAGGUAAUCCACCUCCACUUCCAUCUUUAAGCACUUUAGAACACUUUAGAACUAUUUCAUAUUAUUGUAGUAAUAUAUACUACUCGAUUUGCUGUAUAUAUGGCUAUUUAGAUUUUUGCAGAUCUUUUCUAGAAAAGUCGUAUUUACUUAUUACAAAUGCUUCAGAUGUAAUCAAACUUUCAAUUUUAUCUUGCAUAUGUCACUCAUUAUAUCUAGUUCAUGAGUAUGGAACUUUAAAUGAUGAGAUAAUAUCCAUGUAUGACUGUAUAAUGAAUUCAGACAUUGCUCUAAAUUUGCUCCUAUCUAGUAUUAAAAAAAACGCUGUUCAAAAACGUUUGUGCUUUGGUGUAUUUUGUGGGAUAAUACUAUGGUAUAAGAAAAGUAAGAAAGACAACUUUUUUGAUACUCCUCAGAUUAAAAAGAUCGUAAGUAAUCCUAUCUCAUAUAUAUAUCCUUCUCUAAAUAAUAUAUUACAUGGUCUUAAUAUUACAUCAGCAUUAAAAUAUAAUAUUAAUGAUAUAUACAAUUUCCAAAUUCUUUACAAUGUACUAAUAAAUAAUGCAAAUAACUUAUGUGAUUUUAAAGAUAAUCUCAUUAACCUAAAAGAUUCAUCUGGAUUGUUAUAUACCUUUUUAACAAUAUUUACAUCAUCUAGAUAUUCAAUGUCAUCUUGUAUAAUCUCCUCGUUUUUAAUUCAACUCGGAACUAUUUUAUUAUCUUUUAAUUGCGAAAAUUCUGAUUUACUCCAUAUCUUGAAUAAUGAAUUUGUUACAUGCAGUGAAAUAUUUAACCAGGUCUUAUUGAUACCUUCAAUAAGGGGAUCCAUAACUGAUCAUAAUAUUAAUAAUCCAAACAUUAAUAAACAGGUGACUUAUUCUAUAACUAAUAUAUUGUCUGGAAUCAGCGAUUUAUCCAUAUGUAGAAGUAUCAUUUUAGAAUUUGCAACUUUACUUGCAAGGGUUUAUGCUCUGAAGAAACAGAAUCAUUUAACCUCUCGUUGCAAUAUAACUGACAAACCUACCUCUUUUUGGCUUAAUAUUUUUAAAGCUUUGCUUCAAAUCCCCACAAUUAAAGGUGGACCUUUAAGUAUAGGUUUAGAGUACUGCAGCUUAUUAAUAUUAUGUUUAUUUCAUCCCUUGCUAUCUAAAAAAAAUAUUGAUGAUGAAAACUUCUUGAUAUCCAAGAACCAAAGAAAGAUUAUGGAUAAUAUUUUCAAGAUGUGGUAUAUUGAUGAGGCUUUCCUUGACUAUGUUAUUGGUUUAAUUAUAGAUUCUACUUUUCUUCCUAGCCAUGAAACAACUGGCUUUCGAAUUGCCUCGUUAUCCAUGGUUUAUAUUAAUGAAUACAUUUCCAAUGAUAAAUUUUCAGAAAAGAUUGCAAAGUUAAUUUAUAUAAAUACUCAGUCAUCAAUACAUCUAGUUAGAUGUAUGCCUGAAUUUUACUCAAAAUUAUAUUUGGUAAAUCCGAAUACUCUUUACAUUGAUAAUAAAACAAAUUCUCAUCUCCCAAUGGAAGAAAUGACAGCCUCAAAUUUGAAUAAUUUGCCUCUUUCGCCUCAAUCAUCUCUAAUAUAUAUAGAUCAAGUUAGAAAUUUUAUUAAAUCGGAUAACUACAAUAGAAAUUCAGCUAUAUUUGGUACUUUAGUUAAUUAUGAUUGGCUUUAUCAAGUAACUGAAGAUAUGAACUUGGAAAAUAAAGCCAAAAUUGAUGAUGUAAAAGAUAAAACUAACAAACCAAAAACUAAAAAUAUAAUUGAUACACAGAAUAAAUCUGCAUUUACCUUAGCAAAACUACGUAAAUCUCAAUCUUCAUCAAAACCAAAGGCCAAGAACUCCUUAGUAUGCACUACACAAAAGCUAGUUACAAGUUCUCAAACACAGAAUCAAAGCCUUACAAAACAAGAAAUAGUGGCACAACAAAUCAUUGAACAAUCGAAUAUUCGAAAAUUGAUUGACAAAAUUGUUAACCAGGUAGUAAAUUCAACUCAUGUUAUUCAGAUAUUAUUAUUAAUUAAACAAGACAAUAAAAUUAAGGUAACAAAAGUUUUUGAAGAAACUUGUACACAUUUUUUAUUCGAAAUUACACCUUUAUUAUGGAUUGAAGCUAUUCGAUAUCCUAUUUCUAGAUUCUUCUUAUCAAUUCUUCCUAAAAUAAUACCACUUAAAUCUAUCAGACUUGGAAUUUUUAACUCCCUUUAUUAUAAUCCCAAUUCUACUCCCGAUGAGAGCUUACAAGUUGCUAUGUCAAUGAUCACUGAAUCUAAUUCUAUUAACUCAAAUAUUCCAGAUGAUAAACCAAACAUGAAUAUAAACCAACAUUUAGUCUUUAAAAAUUCAUAUGGCUUGGCACUUUUAGUUACAAUAGGAUCAAAUAUAUUAUUACGUGGAUGCUUGCAUGAUGAACCACUAAUACAAAAUUGUCCUUUUAUUUUGGAAUGCCUCUCUAAUUCAUUAAAAUAUGGUUGUUUUAUUCCUACUAAUUAUAUAACUAAUCUCCUUACACUUUAUUUAUUUGCGCUUGGACCUUCUUCUACACUAGAUUAUUUUCUAAAUCCGUUUAAAAAAGUUUUAUAUUCUAUAAAAGUUGAGUCUUCAGAUGAUAUGGAUUUUAUUUUAUGUAUAGCUUUGAACCAUUCUCUUAAUAUUUCUUUAAUUGUUUUGAAAUUUAUUUCUUCAUUAUUGAACAAAAUAGAUCAUUUUUUAUCUUAUAAAUCCUGGUUGAUACUAAAGAUACUUUCUGAAUCUAAAAAUAUAUCUAAACUUUAUAAUAAAAGUGCAGAUGAAACUUAUUUUGAAGAAAUAUUUAAUAUUUCAGAUCUAGCAAAUAAAAUUCUAGAAUAUUAUCCCUCAACUAAUGAUUACUACAAAAGAAAUUUAGAGACUUUGGAUACUCUUGUUAAUUUAUUAAUAUCUCCAGCUACUACUGAAUUGCUGCAGUUAUUAGUUGCUAAAGCAAUUGGCUCAUUUAGUUGUAAAUAUUCUUUAGAAUCUUCAUCUGGGAUUGAGGUUAUAGAUGAUCUUAUAAAAAAGUUGACUUCUAUACUCUCAAGCUGGGAAACAAAACCAACUUUCAGUAGUAAUGAUUGGCCUUCUUUAACCUCAGGAUCUAUGAUACAAAGAAUGUACCCCUCAACUAUACAUCACUGGAGAAGUCUCAUUAGCACUAGAUCUGAACAUAUUCCUUUCAAUGUAAUUAGAGCUAUACAGACUAGGCAUUCUAUAAAUGGUAUUUUGUUUACUUUAUCAUUGUUAGCUUUACAUACAAGUAGUAACAAGCUGUGCCAAGUAAUAAGCUUCACUCUAACUAAUGUUGUAGACUCUAAAUUAUUUGGGAAUUUUGACAACAAUAGAUUAGAAAUCGAAGAGCCUAUAAAAAGUAAUAUUGUUAGAAAUCGUGUACUUAUAAGAAGAGAGAGAGCAGAAUCUACUGAGUACAAAUAUAUUAAAAGCAGCGAUGAAAUCAGUAGAAGGAAUUUCAGAGAAUGUAUAACAAGUUCCAUUGUCUAUGUAUUAGAUAAUUUGAGCGAUGUGACAUAUGUAUCAGAUGUCUUGAUAUCCCUACAAUAUUUAGCUUCUACAUACAAACCUAUUAAUAACUCAGGUGAAUUUCAAAAUAUUUUAGCAUUUUCAAUUGGGUAUUCAGCUUCGCACUGUGCACCUUCGGAUACAUCUGUUGUUAAAAUUUGUCAAGAAAUAACUUUGAAUUUUCUUCAAGGGAAUUUAUGUGAAGGAAAUAAUAGUAAACUAUUUUUAGAUGCUAUUCCAAGCGAAUAUAACAAAAUACUACCACAAUUAUUCAAUUUGAUCUAUAACAACAAGUCUUUCAAUAAGUCUGUAAUAUGUAUUGAAGAUCUUAAAAGUCAAGAUUUGCCUCCUAAAUCCUGCCCAGAAACUGUAGAAGAUACAUUCAAAAUAUCAUUAUCUUGUUGUUUAUGUAUUCCAGAUAAAACUAUACAGAUAGGGGCUUCGCACGUAAUAGGAGCUUUAACAAAAGGCAUUGGGGUAAAGUAUUUAAGAAAAUUUGGUAUUAUUGACAUUAUUAAUAAUAUUAUGGAAACUUCAGGUUAUAAGAAUAGCCAAAUAAGUCGAAAAGGUAUUGAAGGUUGUCUUUUAUGUAUAGGAUCACUUUGUAUAUAUUUAAACAGACUAUUUGAACCAUAUAGUGUGAAUUUACUACCUCUAAUUAUGAAAUUAUUUGCUGAUAAUGAUGAAGAUAUUAGGAUAUAUGCUCAAAAUACAGCAGAAAUUAUUAUUCAAAAUCUUUCAAUAUAUGGGGUUAAGUUAAUACUUCCAAUUAUGACAAGGGGAAUUCAUGAGAAACAAUGGAGAACUAAGCUAACCAGUCUAAGACUUUUGGAAAUUAUGACAAUUAAACUACCACAUCAGUUAGCUGCAUUCUUACCACAGGCUAUUCAAACUUUAUGUUCUGCAACAUCGGAUUCACAUCCUAAGGUUUCGGAAGCAGCUAGACAAACUUUAGAAAAUAUGUCCAGUAUUGUGAAGAACCCUGAAAUUCAAGAUAUAUCUUCUGAGCUCAUUAUAGCUCUUGUAGAUCCAAAUGAAAUUAAUAUUAAGAAUGCUUUGCAAUCUUUACGUUGUGUAACAUUUAUUUAUACAGUAGAUGUUACUACUCUAGCUUUAUUAUUUCCAGUGCUAUUCAAGGCAUUAGCCGAAAGAAGUGCUGAAAUAAAGAAGGACUCUAUAAAAAUAAUAACUUCUUUGGUAUGCUUGUUAAGAAAUACGUCAGAUAUACUUCCAUUUUUUCCUGUUCUUCAACAAUCUAUCCAUAUAAUUUUAUCAGAUCCAAUACCUGAAGUUCGUCUUUUAACAGCAAAGUUAUGUGGUGUUUUAGCAAGAACUGUAGGUGAAGAAAAGAUAAAUCCUUUUUUCCACUGGCUUAUUCGUAUUUUAUGCCAGGAUAUUGGGCAAACAUUAAGGAGUGGGGCUUCUGCAGCACUAGCAGAAAUUAUAGCAGUUUUUGGGGUUGGCAAAUUUCAAGAAUUACUUCCCUUUAUACUAGCUAAAAUAAACUCCCACGUAACAGAUAAAAGUAAGGUAGUUCAAGAUAAUAAGUCCAUAGAAGAAUUAGAAAGUUCUAAUUGUAAUGAAAUACCUAAAACUGUGGACUCAAAUUUUUCUAAAGAAGGAUAUAUAGGAUUGUUCAUAUAUUUACCUCGGUCUUUUGGUGAAGAUAUGGGAAUAUUUGUACCAAAAGUACUACCAUGUUUAUUAAAUAAUUUAGGAGAUGAUAAUGAGUCUGUUAGAGAUGUUGCAUUAAGAUCUUGUAAGGCAAUAGUAAUGCAAUAUGGAUGUGCUCAUGCUGCACUACUACUACAACCAUUGGAAGAUGGUUUAUCAAACAAUAAUUGGAGAGUUAGAUUAAAUAGUUGUUCACUUUUUGGAAUCUUGCUUGAUCAAUUAAUAAAGCGACAACUUAACAUUAAGAGUGAAACCUCAUCUUCAGAUAAUCAGGAUCUAGAAGAGGUUGUAUUUUCACCUCAACGAAGAUCUUAUAUAUUGGCUGCUUUAUAUAUGGCUAGAAGUGAUUCAAAUAUUGGAGUUAGAAAUAGUGCAAGUGGCUUAUGGAAAUCAUUAGUUCAUAAUACUCCUCAAAUGUUAAGAGAAAUUCUCCCAAUAUUAAUUAGAAGAAUUAUUAAUUAUCUCAAUGCUAAUAAUUCAAAUCAUAAACAUAUUAUAGCCAUUCAAUGUCUUAAUGAUUUAGUAAGUAAAUUUGGAGAAACUAUUUAUAAUAAACUUUUACCAUUACUUUAUCAAAAUUUGGGAGGACAACUUAAUGAUGAUGGUACAAUUAAUACUCAUACUAAUGAAGUUUCUUAUCAACCAGCAUUAUCUGCGAGAUUAGGAGCAUGUUCAGGAGUCCUAGAAAUACUUAAAGUUUUACCAAAAAGUGAUAUUUCUAAACAUACAAACUCAUUUCUACCUUUAAUUACAGUAUCAUUAAUAGAUCCAGAUAUAAAUGUGAGGCAGAUAUCUGUAGAAUGUUUAAAUAUAAUUGCAAAUGAAAAUAAUAAAAUAAUAAAAUUAACAGUUCAAAAAUUAAUUGAUGAUGCUUUAAAGUCAUCUUCUAUGGAUACACGUAGAUUGUCUGCAUUAGAAUUAAUUAUUCAACUUCCUCAUUCUGGAAUUGUAGAUAUUAUAUUAUCUCAGAUAAUAUUGGAACCAAUAACUCCUUCGAAAAUAUAUUUAUUGAAAUCAAUGUCUAAAAUUCCUGUAUCAAGCAAAUUAAAAUCAUGUCUAUAUGAUAUUAUUCCUACGCUCUUAAAUGUAGCAUGUAUAUCAGAUGAAGAAAGUACUAAUUUAAUAAGUUUAGCUCUGAAUGCAGCUAGUACAAUUGUCACUAGUCUGGAUGAGCAAGGUAUGGAUACCUUUAUUACAAUUAUAUUAACAUCAUUAAGAGAGUGUACACCUUAUGCAGAUUUAUCAUUACCUAGCCGUGAAGUAAGAAAUGGAUUAAAUAUUAAAUUAACUUCUGCAUUGUCUUUAGAAAAAAAAUCUGUAUAUGCUAUAAGGCGUUCAUAUAUAGUUCAUUUCCUUUCAUUAACAUUAUUCCCAAAUAGUGUAGUAUUUGAAGUAGCAUCUACAACAUUAAUUAAAGUUUUAAUUCCUAUGGCAAUAUGUGAUCCUUCAGAACAUGUAAGGCAAAUAGCAUGCAAAGCAUUAGUCUUAUUUACAAAAAAUGUUGAUAAAGGGUAUAUUGUCAAGGUAUGUUCUUCAAUAAAAGAAACAAUAGCAUCUCUUGUAUUUGAUCCCAUUGAAGGUAAAUCAGAUUUUAAAAAUGUUAAAUUAAUAGCUAUUGAUAAUUUAGAUGAUAAUGAAAUAAAAAAUACAGCCUUAGAUCCCUUAAGCUGUAUUUAUUUACAAGGAAUUUUAUUAGGAAAUGUUGAUGAUAGAGAAAAUUCUGCAUUAGGUCUUGGUGAAAUUAUAUCAAUUUCUACAGCUCAUGCUAUGAAACCAUUAAUUGUAAGAUUGGCUGGACCUUUAAUUAGAGCAAUAUCAGAUAGAAAUACAGCUGUAACUGUUCGUGUAGCUCUAUUACAUGAUUUAGUACUUUGUCUUACUAUAUGUGGACCUCAAUUACGUCCUUUAUUACCCCAAAUCCAGAGUAUAUUUCUUAAAUAUAUUGCAGAUUCUCAUAUUAGUACUAAGAAUGAAUGUAGUUAUGGUAUUGGAUUAUUAUUUGGACUUAUUGGAAAUAGAUCUCAAGCAUUAUUAGAUGAUUUAUGUACUACAGCUGCUAAAAUUGGUAUUAGUAGUAGUACAAGAGGAGCUAUAUUUAAUGCUAUAACAAUGUCAUUAAAUAUAAAUACAAAAAAAAAUCUUGAAUUAAUUGGAAAUCCACUAAAAAUUUCUGUUUCAGAAGAUUUAACAAAUAAAUUAAUUGGAUUUAGUCAAAGUGUUGCCUAUUCUUCUGAUGAAGAAAUUGAAUGUAGAGAUGCUGCUAUAAAUACAUUAAUUAUACUUUUAAUGUAUUAUUGUAAUGCUAAUCAGGUUCAAGAUAUUUUAUUUUCUAUAAUGCGUUAUUUAAAUACUGAAUAUUCUUCUAUUCAACAUUGGAUAGCAUCUCGUGUAUUAUAUUAUCUUGUUUAUACAGAAGGAAAACCAAAUUCAAAUGGAAUUGGAUGGAAACAACUUUGGAAUUUAAUUAAAUAUGAAGAGUAUAAUUCAAAUAUUAUAUUUGAAGGAUUAGAUGAAGAUAUUUUAGUUCCCCCUCAUAUUACAAAUCCUUUAUUCUAUAAAUGUAUUAUUUCUUAUCUUUAUAAUUCUUUAAAGUUAAGUGGUGAUAAAAAUAUACAAAUAGCAAAUACAAUAUAUAAUCCAAAAAAAUUAGCUGUUAAUAUUAUUAAACAUUUAGGAUAUUUAUCUGUUUAUGCUCUGGAUAGAACUUCUGCAUCUAUUAUUAUUAAUAUUUUACCCCUACUAAUUGAAGAUGAUUUAAACAAGAUAUUUUCAGGUUUUUCAAAUUCUAAUCUAUUAUUACAAAUUUUAAAAAUAUGUGAGCUUAUAUACCAUUCCCAGGAUUCUAAAAAUAUUUAUAUUGAAGAAAUUAAAAUAAAUAUUAAUUAUUAUCCUCUCUUAUUUAAGAUACCAAUAAAUGCUAGAACUAAAAUAGAUGCAUCAGAUAUCCUAUUAAUAUUAUUAUUACUUCCAUCAAUACAAUGUAUUACAUCUAUGUCUAUGGCUGUAAAAAUAAAAGCUGAAUAUAUUUUAGCAACUAUGAUUGGUAUAACAUCUGAGGAAGAUUGUCAAGAUAAAGUUGAAACAGUUAUUCAACGCGUUAAUAUCAUUUAUCCUAAUCAAUUAACAAAUCAGACUUGUUCAUUCUUACAUGAAUAUGCAAGAAGGGUGCUUACUAAAAUUGAAAUUAGGCCUUAUCUUGAAGAUGAUGAAUAUUAA